UUCCACAGCACUCAGAUCCCUGCAGGUCUUCCUCAGCGCAGCUCUGUGGGAUGCUGCUGGACCCUGACUGAACUACUCAGGAUGUUGAACUGGGUAGUCAAAGUCGUUCCUCAGCCGCCCGAGCCUCCAACCAAAAAGGCUGACGAUCCGAAGGAGGAGAAAAAAGAUGUGACCCCACCCCCUGUGCCAGCUCCAUCCCCUGCUCCUGAGAAGAAAGUGACGUUUCAAGACGAGUGCAAAAAUGAGGCUCCAAAGGCGGACAACCCCAAGCAGGAGGCACCAGCUCCUGCAGGAAAUGGGCCGGUGCCGAGCUGUCAGGCCGGGGUGCUGACGUGGAUCAGCAGUGCUCUCCCCCAUCCCACCGUCCCCCCCAACCUGACCCGGGCCAACUCCACCACCAAGGAGGAAGCUGCAACAUCCAGUAAACCUGAAGACGAAAAAGGGAUGAUCGCCUGGAUCUCUCACGGUUUGGAGAAAGUCGUUCCUCAGCCCGAGUUGAGGAGCAAAGAGUCGCCGCCCCCUGAGCCUCAGGCCGAGGUCCGCCCAGCAGCUCCUCCAGCAGCUCCUCCUCCUGCUCCUGCUCCUGCUCCUGCUCCUGCUGCUCCUAAACCACCCACCGUGACGGAGCCUGAGAAUGAAGCAGAAACCACCAAACAACCAAAUAUGAUGGGAUGGAUCGUGAACGGCUUCAGCAGCAUGUUGCCUCAGCCUGUACCCAAGCUAGACACGGGAGGCGACGAGGUCCAGAAUGUCAGCAUCAUUCAGAAGAAGACCGACCUGGUGCUCGAGGACGUGGAGCAGGAGGCCAAACAGGAGAAAGAGCCUCCGAACAAAGAGACCCAGCUCCCGAAGAAGGAGACUGAUGACGCAGUGGAUCAACUGACUCCUAUGGUGGCCAGCAUCAAGAAGGAAGCUGGAGAAGCUGUCCUAGCUCAAAUGGAGGAAAGGCUGCAGAAGGAGCGUCUGGAGGCGGCCCGAGUUGCUGAGGACAUGGCCAGGAAGGCAGCAGCAGAGGCAGUCCGACAGCUGGAGGUGGAGCAUGCAGCUAAGAUUGUCAUAGAAACGAUACCAGAGGCCAAUGAGCAAUUGCCCAACAUCCUGGAGGAGGAGAACGAGGAUGAUCCUGAGUUGCAAAACCUGCAGGAAGACAGUGAAGACAAUAAUCUGGAGGAUAACAAAGUAAUGGAGGAGGAUACAAACAGCACUGUUGAGAAACAGAAAACGAUUGAGUGUAUGGUGGACGUCUGCACGGCCGAAGACGUUCCUGAAGAAAGGACAGAGUCUCCUCCAGAGGUAACGGAAUCAGAACCAGCAGCAAAACUCACGCCGUCGUCUACAGACGUAGAGCCGGCGUCAGAGAGGAGGGACCUGGAGAGUCCGGUCACCCAGCAACCAGAAAAGGCCCAGGCCUCUGAGCACUCCGAGCCCUCGGAGCCCUCGGAGCCCGCUGAGCCCUCUGAGCAGACCAGCACAGCACCUUCAGAAGAAGAUCCUGGAUGUGGAGAGAGCGGCAGUAAAGAUGUGGCUGAAGCUUCGCUGCUCCAGGUGGAGGGCCGGAACAUCCCACAAAUUAUCACCACCCCAGAACCGGAGGCCAACCUUCUGAUUGUGCCAGCGCUCAGCCGUGUGGGUGAUGUGUCUGAGGAUGAUGAGGAGCUGGUGAAGGCCAGUCAGGGAGAUCUGCUGACUGCUGACGAUGAGCUGCGUCCUCAGUCCGCCGCCAGCGUCUGCAGCUUUGUGGUGCACGAGCGUCUGAGCGAGCUCGUCAAGCUCUUCAAAGGUCGGACGGAAUAUCAGAAAGACCGGCUGGUGGACGCUGAUGAGUCCGAAGAGGAGAGCCCCAAACCCUCCCCAGCCAAAGCUCCACCAGCGCCUCCACCUCCACCUCCACCGCCAGCAGGAGAGGAGGAGAAGGACGCACCUGAGGAAGCAGCAGAGGAAGAGGAGAAGAAGGAAGAGGAGCCCCUGUUAGAAUUUAUGGGCUAUAAAGUGAAAAUUCCCAAACUGCCCAAACUUCCACCGUUGCCCGGCUGGCUGAGAGCCAUCCUGGAGUAUCGCUUCCCCUCCAGCAUCGACCCGUUCACUGAUCUGAUCUACGUCCUCUGGCUGUUCUGCGUGGUGAUGGCGUGGAACUGGAAUGUGUGGUUGAUCCCAGUGCGCUGGGCAUUCCCCUAUCAGACAGACGAGAACGUCCACCUGUGGCUGCUGGCCGACUACACGUGUGACUUCAUCUACAUUCUCGACAUCCUGGUCUUCCAGCCCAGACUGCAGUUUGUCCGCGGAGGAGACAUUGUGAGCACUAAGAAAGACAUGAGAGAAAAUUACAUGACCACCGAGAGGUUCAAGAUGGACGUCAUCAGUCUGUUUCCCAUGGAUGUCUUCUACGUCUUCACUGGAGUGAACUCUCUGCUGAGGUUCCCUCGUCUGCUGAAGUACAUGGCUUUCUUUGAGUUCAACGACAGGAUGGAAGCUGUGAUGAAGAAAGCCUACAUCUACAGGGUGCUCCGGACCUCCACCUACCUGCUGUACUCUCUCCACAUCAACGCCUGUCUCUUCUACUGGGGCUCUGACUAUGAGGGACUGGGAUCCACCAAGUGGGUCUACAAUGGAAAAGGAAACGCUUACAUCCGAUGUUACUACUUUGCUGUGAAGACGCUCAUCACCAUCGGAGGCCUGCCGGACCCCACCACCGUCUUUGAGAUCACCUUCCAGCUCAUCAACUACUUCGUUGGCGUAUUUGCUUUCUCCAUCAUGAUCGGUCAGAUGAGGGACGUUGUCGGAGCAGCAACAGCAGGAGAGAACUACUACCGGGCUUGUAUGGACAGCACCGUCAAGUACAUGAACUCCUACCACAUCCCGAAGGAUGUCCAGAACCGGAUCAAGACCUGGUUUGACUACACCUGGAAGAUCCAAGGCAUGCUGGAUGAGCAGGAGCUCCUGGUCCAGCUUCCUGACAAGAUGAGGCUGGACAUCGCCGUGGAUGUCAACUACUCCAUUGUCAGCAAAGUGGCCCUGUUUCAGGGCUGUGACAGGCAGAUGGUGUUUGACAUGCUGACGAGGCUCAAGUCCGUCGUGUACCUGCCUGGAGACUUUGUCUGUAAAAAGGGAGAGAUCGGCAGGGAGAUGUACAUCAUCAAGCAGGGGGAGGUCCAGGUGGUGGGCGGUCCCGACCUGCAGACGGUGUUCGUCACCAUCAGAGCCGGCUCUGUGUUCGGUGAGAUCAGUCUGCUGGCAGGAGGUGGAGGGAACCGUCGUACGGCCAACGUGAAGGCCCAUGGAUUCGCCAACCUCUUCAUUCUUGACAAGAAAGACCUGGCUGAGAUCCUGGUUCAUUACCCCGAGUCCCAGAAACUCCUGCGCAAGAAGGCCAAGACGAUGCUGACGAAAGACGCCAAGCCUGAAGUGGCGGCGGGUAAGGAGCAGCCGGAGGUGAUCCCGCCCAGACCUGACACACCGGAAAUGUUCAAGGCAGCUCUGAAGGUGACGGAGCAGGCCGGCAUCGAGGGAACCUUCGCCAAGCUGAAGAAGGCCUACAAGCCGUUUGAGGAGGGAGGAGAGGAGGAGGCACAGGGUCCUACCCGCAUCUCUCCCAUGCCGCCUCCAUCCCCGAUGCACCGGCGCUCCCCGGUACCCCGGACCCUGGAGCCGGAGGACGGAGACGAGGCCGUGGCGGAGACGGCGGACAGUUCCGUCAUCAUCAGGAUGACGCCACGGCAUAAAGGAGAGGAGCUUCUGUCCGUGGAGGUGUCACCAAGGGAGGGAGAGGAGGCCAAGAAGGAGGAGCAGAAGGAGAAGAAGAAGAAGAAGGAGAAGAAGAAGAAAUGAGGCGACAGGAAACUGCUAUCGUCCAUCUGCUUAGGUUUUGGGACAGAGUGAAAGCAAAGGACCGUUCUCCUCCUCCUGUUUGUCCUUUCUUUCCCAGCAUCCCUUUCUCCUCUCAGCUGGCUUCUCCGACUGUGACUCUGGCUGUAAGAAAACCUUGGCAUUACUGACUCAUGUAGAUUAUAACGCUGCAAGCUCCACCGGGCUACAGUGAGGACAUUUUCCCAGAGUUCCUAGCUUCAGCAGUGUCCAUCACUGAGAUAAUUAGAGUCUGGCAGCAUGCUCGUGGUCAGUAGAGAUGAUGUUUGAUGAUUUGUUCACCUUUCUCGUGUAAAUAUGAAAGCUUCUCACAUGCCGCUGGUCUGACCGGUAGCGUGUGAUGAUCCACGUGUUUCCGCUGCGAUCCAGCCCAUAACCCUCAGGGGGUUGACCCACUAGAGUUGGUCAUCUGGGACAAUCCAAAGACACUUUUACAGUUUUUAACUCAGUCAGGUAUGACAAAACUUUAACCAAGCUUUUUUGCAAAACAAAACUCCUUUCUCAUUCAUCCCAGUCCCAUUUCCAUACCCUGGCUCUACCCGGUACACAAUUAGGACCAUUUAUCAUAAAAUCACUGACCAAAUUGGGACCAGUUUGGCUUAAGGCUUUGCUCCCACUAUGGGAGAUUUUACCUGCCAUUGUUUAUGUAAUAAUUGCUCGGGGGUUCAUGUUUAUGUUCAUGUUCUGGGUCUCUGGAAAGCGUCUAGAGAUAACAUCUGUUGUAUUAGACGCUAUAUAAAUAAAAUUGAAUUGAAUUGAA